CCGGGCUGGUAGCGCCGCUCUCGGUCGCGCGGACUGAUCGUGUGGAAUCGCGGGUUGCGGACGCUCGCCGCCGGCCAUAGCUCAGCCUAGCGCCUCCAAGGCCGACGGCCCCCAGCCUCUGCCAUGGACUUCGAGGACGAUUACACACACUCCUGCAGGAAUACUUAUCAGGGUUUUAAUGGAAUGGAUCGUGAUUAUGGCCCUGGAUCUUACGGAGGGAUGGAUCGUGACUAUGGCCAUGGAUCCUAUGGGGGUCAGAGAUCCAUGGAGUCCUACCUAAACCAGUCAUAUGGCAUGGACAAUCACAGUGGUGGUGGUGGGGGUAGCAGCAGUUUUUCUUCACCCCAUAUGAAGCCUGCACCUGUAGGCUCUCGGGGGAGAGGAACGCCUGCUUAUCCUGAAAGUACGUUUGGAAGCAGAAACUAUGAUGCUUUUGGAGGACCAUCAACAGGCAGAGGCCGAGGCCGAGGACAUAUGGGUGAUUUUGGAAGCAUUCAUAGACCUGGAAUUGUUGUUGACUAUCAAAACAAAUCCACCAAUGUGACAGUUGCUGCUGCAAGAGGAAUAAAGAGAAAAAUGAUGCAGCCAUUUAAUAAGCCCAGUGGAACCUUUAUCAAGAAACCCAAACUAGCAAAACCUAUGGAGAAGAUAAGCCUCAGCAAAUCACCCACAAAAACUGAUCCUAAAAAUGAAGAGGAAGAAAAGCGACGAAUUGAGGCUCGGCGAGAGAAACAAAGGCGCAGAAGAGAAAAAAACAGUGAGAAAUACGGAGAUGGAUACAGAAUGGCAUUUACGUGUUCAUUUUGUAAAUUUCGAACAUUUGAAGAAAAAGAUAUUGAACUGCAUCUGGAAAGUUCUUCACAUCAGGAAACAUUAGAUCAUAUACAGAAACAAACAAAAUUUGAUAAAGUAGUUAUGGAGUUUUUGCAUGAGUGUAUGGUGAAUAAAUUUAAGAAAACAUCUAUUCGUAAGCAACAGACAAAUAAUCAAACAGAAGUAGUUAAAAUAAUUGAAAAAGAUGUUAUGGAAGGUGUUACAGCAGAUGAUCACAUGAUGAAAGUAGAGACAGUUCAUUGCAGCGCUUGCAGUGUGUAUAUCCCUGCUUUACAUAGUUCAGUUCAGCAGCACUUAAAGUCUCCUGAUCAUAUCAAAGGGAAGCAGGCUUAUAAGGAACAAAUAAAAAGAGAGAGUGUCUUGACUGCUACAAGCAUUUUAAAUAAUCCAAUAGUGAAGGCGCGAUAUGAACGUUUUGUUAAGGGUGAGAAUCCUUUUGAAAUUCAAGACCAUUCUCAGGAUCAGCAAACAGAAGGAGAUGAGGAGGAUGAAGAGAAGAUUGAUGAACCUAUUGAAGAAGAGGAGGAUGAAGAGGAGGAAGAAGAAGCAGAGGAAGUGGGGGAAGUAGAGGAGGUGGAAGAAGUAGAGGAAGUGAGAGAAGGAGGAAUAGAGGGCGAGGGAAAUAUAGAGGGAGUGGGGGAAGGAGGGGAAAUAGGGGCAAUGGGAGAAGUAGAGGGAGUGGGGGAAGUAGAGGAAGAAACAGCAAAGGAAGAACCGGCUGAUUUCCCUGUUGAGCAACCUGAAGAAAAUUAAAUAUAAGGUAUUAAAUUUAAAAGGAGCUUUACAUUUCGGUUCUAAUGUAAAAAAGGGUAAGACAUUUAAUAGCUUAAAAUAUGAAUUAACACCCAUGUUGCAUGCAUUCCACAUAUUAAAAUUUGUUUUAUAUAAUUUCUAAAUGUUUAACAUUUGUUUAAUAAAAUGAAGGUAAAACUAUUUUAGUUUAGUUUUUAUAGCUACCAAACUUAGAUCUGAUAAAUUGUUUGUAUAAUUUUUAAGCUUAAUUUUUAUUACUUUAUUGGUGUUAAGGAUAACAAAUGUGUAUUGUUAGUAUAGCUAUUCUAAUAAUUUUAUCUUAAAUGCUGCUCUUGGGAGUGAAUAUUCAAGUGUGCAUCAAUUUUUGAAUACUUACCCUAGAAGAUAUAAACUGGGCAAGUAUUUUGUGCUCUGUGUAUUUUUUUACUGCAUUGGACAUUGAAUAGUAAUUUGCGUUAAGAUACGCUUAAAGGCUCUUUGUGACCAUGUUUCCCUUUGUAGCAAUAAAAUGUUUUUUACAAAAAAUGUUCUCCCUGGAUUAGCAGUUUAAAUGAAACAGAGUUCAUCAAUGAAAUGAGUAUUUAAAAUCAAAAUUUGCCUUAAUGUAUCAGUUCAGCUCACAAGUAUUUUAAGAGGAUUGAGAAGACUUGAAUUACAGAAAAGAAAAUUCUCAAUCAUUUUUAAAAAGUAAAACUAAAAUUUUUUUAAAAAACACAUUUCAAAUAGAAGUGAGUCUGUAACUGACCUUGUUUAUGCUCUUUUUAGUUUGUUCCUUUUCCCUGUGCCUGUGUCAAAUCUUGAAGUCUUCCUGAAAAUACAUUUGAUACAAAGU